AUGGCUGAGCAACUCAUCCUCAAGGGCACCCUGGAGGGCCACAAUGGCUGGGUCACCAGCUUGGCCACGUCGAUGGAGAACCCCAACAUGCUUCUCUCCGCCAGCCGAGACAAGACCCUGAUCAUCUGGAACCUCACCCGCGAUGAGACCCAGUACGGCUACCCCAAGCGGUCGCUGCACGGCCACUCCCACAUCGUUUCCGACUGUGUGAUCUCUUCGGACGGUGCCUAUGCCCUCUCCGCUUCGUGGGACAAGACUCUCCGCCUGUGGGAGCUCUCGACCGGCACCACCACCCGCCGGUUCGUCGGCCACACCAACGACGUCCUCUCGGUCUCGUUCUCCGCCGACAACCGCCAGAUCGUCUCCGGUUCCCGCGACCGGAGCAUCAAGCUCUGGAACACCCUCGGUGACUGCAAGUUCACCAUCACCGACAAGGGCCACACCGAGUGGGUUUCGUGCGUCCGCUUCUCGCCCAACCCGCAGAACCCCGUGAUUGUGUCGUCCGGCUGGGACAAGCUGGUCAAGGUUUGGGAGCUUUCUAGCUGCAAGCUGCAGACCGACCACAUUGGCCACACCGGCUACAUCAACACCGUCACCAUCUCCCCCGAUGGAUCUCUGUGCGCUUCCGGCGGCAAGGACGGUACCACGAUGCUGUGGGAUCUUAAUGAGAGCAAGCACCUGUACUCGCUCAACGCCAACGACGAGAUCCACGCCCUUGUGUUCUCCCCCAACCGCUACUGGCUGUGCGCUGCCACCGCCAGCAGCAUCAUCAUCUUCGACCUCGAGAAGAAGAGCAAGGUCGACGAGCUCAAGCCCGAGUUCCAGAACGUGGGCAAGAAGAGCCGCGAGCCCGAGUGCGUCUCCCUUGCGUGGAGCGCUGACGGCCAGACCCUGUUCGCCGGCUACACCGACAACAUCAUCCGCGCGUGGGGUGUCAUGUCGAGGGCGUAA